UGUCAGAGUGUUUGUUAUGCAUCCCGAUGGGGCGCCGAAUGGCCAGCGUGCCGCUGUUUAGCGUUUUUCUACUAGCUCUGUUUAUGCGGGAAGCAUUCGCUGCCCUACCCGAAGAGCAAAACCCCCUCAGACCAAUCUCACCUGACAAACUCCAGGACUACUUGACGGACUUGCUGGAAAAGAAUGCCUGGAUGCGAUGGUGCCCCGCCCCCCACCUGCCCCUGGAUGGGGAUCUGUGCAGAGCCACUGUCUGCAAAGACGACACCGACUGCCAGCGUCGGAACCAGAGCUGUUGCUUCAAUGGAUGCGUUCUUAGCUGCAUGGAAAGAAUGGAUCCCGCACCUGUGAUCGAUUGGGAUCAAGAACCAGAGGCUCCGCCGGUUCGAAAAGAAGGAACAGCAGUGCUGCAUUGCACGACGUCCCCUCGUCCUGCCCCUUCGGAGCCUGUGGGCUGCCCUAAAGGAUACGUCUGCCGCAUCGAAGAGCCCGGAGAUCCGCUCCAGGGCAGGCCAGGAACAGGAAUCUGCGUACCACAGCCUCAAGAGCAGAGGAAGUUUGGGACCGAGGAAGAUUCGAUCUUGAAAGAAAACACCAGAAAACAAACAGUAUACUUGCCAGGGGGAUGUGUUCUAAGUGAAGACCAGUACCAGCACAUGCGAGAUUUUAUGUCACGCUCGUACGUUACAGAAUGUCUAUGUGUCGAAGGAUCUGUGGAAUGCAAGGUGCACGUAGAGAAGUUGUGAUGGAUAUAUUAUUUUCAGAUGAAGAGAAGCGCACAUGAAGGUUUGGCAGGAACUUUUAUAACAAACAUUUGCUUUUAGGUAUUUACAUGCAUUGCUGUAAUUAAUAAAAUAAUGUUUUUUUUUACCACUUUAUCAUGUACUGCAUUUAAUUUAAUAAAGUAUU